AUACACACUCACACACGCUCUCAAUCAUAUCUCAGAGUGGAGUCGGUGUGAGGAAGCAGAAUGUCAGGGAAGGAAGUGCUGAAGCCAGUGGGAAAGCAGAGUUUGCCUCAAGUUCUUUACUGAGAUUGGGAUUGCUAACGGCAGGAUUUUUUUUAAAUUUCUAUUUCCUUAAAUUGAACAAAAAGACAAAAAACUUGUAGAUACUUUAUGUAACUUCUAUAUAGUCUCUGGGACCUGGAUUUUCAAACGAAGAAGUCAUAUGUCAGAAGGAAAUACGUGAAAUUUCUUUGUCUCUGACCCCUCACCACUCCUCUGAGUAUCUUUACUACUGAACCACCGGUGGAGCCAUCAGGUUUAUCACGCUAUCUUCAGACCUCCAGAAACAUGAGUCUGUCACGGAACGGCACACUUGAGAGGACGUUAUCCGAGCAGACCCACUCUGAGUCGAGGAGCGCUUCACGAGUGGGGUCAGGAGUUGUGGUGCCUCCCCCGUACUCACUGGGUGCUAGUGAGGCUGCCGACUCCCCCCUGGAACUGAGGGGCUCUCUGGACUGCUGGGCAUGCUCUGUGUUGGUCACCGUCCAGAAUUUUGUUAUUGCAUUGAUUAACUCAGUGCUGGCCAGUGUCAUAUUCGGCACCAUCCUCACCCCUGCCCUCGCCAUGAUCGUCUUUGGUUUCCUCUGCCACUCCACGGUGCAGCCCCACGGAACAUCUGUUUUCUGCUCAGACGUACUGGACGACACAGGCUGUGUGGCUCUGCUGGUGGUGGGUUUUCUGCUGCUCACUCCUCUGCUGGUCCUGGCCCUCGCAGCCUACUGUCGUCUGGCCCGACACCUCCAGCUGGGCAUGUGUUUCAUACCCUACAGCCGCGCUGUGUACAAAAACUUGCCUGUGUCACGUAACCAGAAGGCCGAUGGAGAAAGCUGUUGUGGUAAAAAGGGCUCAUCAGAGAGGGAGGGAAAGGGAAGCAUUUGGGUGUAAGAAAAUAGAGAGCGAAUGGGAGGAAUGGAGGAAAGGUGAGGAGAUGUGAGGAGAGGAAAGGAGAGGAGAGGAAAAGAGAGGAAGGGAGGAGAGGAAAGGAGAGGAAAGGAGAGGAGAGGAGAGGAGAAAAUACGAGAGUUAGGUUGCAAACAUCAAGCUCUUUUUUUUCCUUUUUUUUUUUUUACAAAUACAAGUAUUAACUGCAUCUACUUCCAUUGUAAAAAUCCAUCAUCAUUUAUAUUCAGUGUAUGGAUGAUAUUGUUUUUUGCAUUUAUAUUGUUACAUACUUUGUGUAUUUUUGUACUUUUUUAAAAAACUUUUUUUUUAAAUACUGUUACUUAGCCAUGAGUUAAACUGUAAUUCGUUGUUCCACCAGAAAUUAUCAUUAAACCCUAACAUUCUCCUUGAAGACAGAAGAGGUUAAAGGUCAGCUUUAAAAUACAAACAAAACUUAACAGCUGUGAUGGAAAAAUAAAUGUGUGCACACA